AUUAUUUUAUUCCCGCAAAGACCAACUGUUACAGAGAAGAGAGAGGGAGAGAGAGGGAGAGAGAGUGCGUGCGUGUGUGGAAACAAAUAGCUCAGUUGGUAGAUCUGCUCUCUUGUUGUCUUCCUGCUCUCUUCUUCACCUCAACCAUCGUAUUCCCUAGGGGUGAGCCUCGGCAUCUCAAAUCCACCAACCCACCCAUUUGCAGUACUCUCUUUGCUGCUGUGAGUGCAUAGAGAGUGUGUUGACAAUAAGUGCUGGUUCCUGUGCGGUUGGUGCAGGUGACCACCCUGCAUUCCGCGGCCUAAGGAUGAAGAAUUGAAGCAGAGGUCGAAGAUGUUCAAGGCGGCGCGAUGGAGGAGCGAGAAGAACAGGAGCAAAGCCGUCUUCAAGUUGCAGUUCCAUGCGACGCAGGUGCCGCUGUUAGCGUCGGAGGCGAUGAUGGUCAGCCUGGUCCCGGCGGACGUCGCCAAGCCGACGACGAGAUCAGAGAAGGUCGCGGCGGUGGACGGCACCUGCAACUGGGCGAAUCCAGUGUACGAGACAGUGAAGCUCGUCCGCAAUCCGAAGACUGGCAAGAUGGAUGACAAAGUCUACAGAUUUCUCCUCUCAGCUGCUGGAUCGAGCAAAGCUGAGGUUUUGGGGGAGGUUGCUGUUAACCUGGCGGAUUAUGCUGAGGUCUUCAAGGCAUCCUCUGUUUCUCUUCCUCUCAAAGCAUCAAAUACAGGAGCCAUCUUGCAUAUUACCAUUCAAAAAGUGAAGGGUGAUGGUGAUGGUGAUGGAAGAGAAGGUGAUCAAGAUGGAGAAACGAUAGUUAAGCGGCAAAGAAGAACAUUACAAAGUCAGUUAAGCAAGUUCGACAAUGAGGAAAGCAUCAAAGCUCCCAAUGGUGUGAAUGGCAUCAACAUUGUUGAUGGUUCACAUAUUAACAGUCAGGCACAAGUCAAAUUCUCGUCGAGCAGGGAAAUUCUUGUCCAUACUGCUGAUUCCAAUGGAAACCUCCAAAAAUGUCACAGCUUUGAUGCUAUAUCAGCAUCAGGUUCGGACACCAGUUCAGGAAUAUAUACACCGAGAGAGAACAGCAUCAAGCAUAACAAUACCCGUAAUCAUCCUACUAGCUUCCUGUCAUCGCUUACCAACGGUGAUACUCCUAAAAAGCCGAUGUCCAGUUCAGGUGACUGGUCUGGCAAUUCAGCCCCUGAUGGAAGUGCAGAUGCUUCAACAGCCAGUCUGGGUGAUGCUGGGUUAAAUGAAACAUCUCAUGAUUCAGAGGACAGCAUUGAGAAAUUAAGAAAUGAUAUUGUUAUUUUGACCAGAAAGUUGGAAUUAUCAGAUCUGGAGCUGCAGACUCUCCGAAAGCAAAUCAUCAAAGAGAAUAAGCGAGGACAAGAAAUUUCAAGGGAAUUAAAUAGCCUAAAGGACGAGAGAGAUGCACUUAAAGAGGAAUGUGAUGAGCUCAAGUUCUCAGAAAAGAAAACAAAAGUUGAUAGAACUCUAUCUACUCUCUCACAGCAUGAUGCAGAAGAUCAUCUUUCUUUACUUGAAGAAAUUAAGCAAGAGCUAGAUCAUGAGAAAAAUCUGAAUGUACAUCUUCGCUUGCAACUAAAAAUGACACAAGAAGCUAAUGCUGAGCUGUUACUUGCUGUGAAAGAUCUUGAUGGACUGUUGGAACAAAGAAAUAGGGAGACACUUUGUAUGAAAUGUAACAAAAUGGACAUCGAAACAGAAACUGACAAGGAACUAGAGGAACUGAAAUUGGGAGAUGGAAUUCCACAUCUACAGAAACCUGAAAGUAAACAGCAGUUACUCGAAACAAUUUCUCAAAAUGACACCGAAGAGCAAUAUGCAUUGGAUGCACUUCUCAAUGAACGUGAUGAUAUGAAGAUGACUUACCCGCUUGAGAACAAGAUAAUUGAUCUUAACAAUGAAGUAGAAUUUUACAGGAAAGACCGAGAAGAUCUUGAAAUGCAAAUGGAGCAGCUUGCCUUGGAUUAUGAAAUUUUGAAACAGGAAAACCAUGAUAUCACCACAAAGCUGGAACAAAUGCAACUACGAGAACAACUCAGGAUGCAGUAUGAGUGUUCGGCACAUUUAUCCAUAAUCAGUGACCUUGAAUCUCAUGCUGAAUGCUUGGAGAAAGAACUUCAGAAACAGACCGAAGCAUUUGAAGAAGAUAUAGCAACCAUCACAAAUGCUAAAGUGGAGCAAGAGAAAAGGGCCAUAAUAGCAGAAGAGGAAUUGAGAAAAACAAAAUGGAACAAUUCUAUCACUGUUGAGAGGCUUCAAGAGGAAUUUAGAAGUCUUUCUGCACAUAUGUCAUCUACAUUUCAAACGAAUGAGAAUAUCGUCAAGCAAACACUAAAAGAAGCUGCUGAUUUGCAUUCACAAAAAAGCAACCUGGAAGAACUUUUGAAGAAAGCCCAUGAAGAUUUGGCACUAGUUCAGGAUCAAUACCGCAUGAAAUUCAAGCAACUAGUUGGCCUAAUAGAUUUUAAAUCAAAAGAGGCAGAUAAGCUACUGUUGGAACUCCAAGACAAGAAGAGAGAGCUUCAGAAAUACAAGAUGUCCGAGGAAGCAAGGCAAAGAAACUCCUUAGAGGAAAUGCAAUCACUCAAAACUGAGAUGGAGAAGCUCAAAUCAGAGAAAUCUCUUCUCUUUGAACAAAAUGAAGAGAAAGAAAAAGAGAUGGAACUAUUAAGGACAUCUAUUAAAGGAAGCGAGAUGUCUUUGCAAGAUAAAAAUUUGGAAAUUGAUUUGCUUAAGAAUGAGAUAGCAGUACUGAGGGAAGAAGUAAAUAAAUCAUUGGAGGAAAUGAAUAAACUGAGACAGAUAAAAGAUGAAAAAGAUACUAUGAUAGCAAUGCUGGAAUCUGAGGCAACAACUCUUACAAUGCAGCACGGUGACUUGAAGCAUGCCUUGGAUGAAAUUGAGUUGGGAAAACAGAAUCUGAGAAAAUCAGUUUCCCACUUGAGGGGUGUUCUUUUGGAGGAACAGACGACGACCAGCAGGGAGGAAAAAGUAGAUGACUACUACACAAGCACGACUACAAAUGAUGAAAAGCAUUUCCGUCAGAGUUGGAAAUAUGCUAGCAAAGAUGAAGCUAAUUGCAGUAUAGAUUUUCUGCAGCAGUCAAAGGAAGAUAAAGAACACUUAUACGAUGCAGAUGGUACUGAUAAAGAAAUGCUCAUAAGCAGGCGUGCUGGAACUGGUUUAGAUGAAGCAAAUCAAUAUGAACAAAAGAGGACUGCAGAUGUAUUAAGUGAAAUGGCAGUGCUAAAAAGACAAAAUGAAUCGAUGGAAUCUGAACUGAAAGAAAUGCAGGGAAGAUACUCUGAGAUGAGCCUGAAGUUUGCAGAAGUAGAAGGCGAAAGACAACAACUCAUGAUCACAAUCCGGACCCUAAAAAAUUCUUUCAAGAAUUAGUCCUUUUGUUUUUGCCUAUUUUUGGUGCCAUUGAGAUGAGUUCUCUGUAUAGGCAAGCACUGUGAUGCAUCACUUGGCAUAUCUGGGGCUUGCAAGGCAACUAUAACUUGUAGCAAAUAUAGUGUGUACAUCAAUAGCAUAUAAUUUGUUCAUUGAGUGCAAUAUGUUUCCUUUGUUGAAAUAUGGUGCUUCCAGUUAUGUUGAAUUCA